GCCAUCUAAAAUUCAGUAUCGAUCCGGCAAGCUCAUCCAACAGACACCAUAAUACCAUAAACCAAUAUAAUAUAUUAUUUGCAGUCGUAGACAACACAGUUUCACAGUCCUGCAAAAAUCAUGUCUGGUUAUCAAGUGGUGAUGCGUUUUGCGGGAAUAACGGCUCUGUUGUUGGUCGCGGGCUGUUCUUCGCAGACGGCGCAGCCAGCAUCAGUCCCGGUUGUUUCAACUUCCCCAUUGCCGCCGCCAUCGCCUUAUUUCAAUCCCUUCAGACAGGCACCGUACCCACAACAAUACGUCGGUGGACCACAGCAACAGUUUAACGGCGUGCUGCCUCCGCAGUUCAUCGCCGGAUCCAACAUCCCUCAGAGAUUCUACAAUGGCCCAAAUCCCGCGUACGUCGGACAGUUCGUGCCCAUCUUACAGCAAUCGUUCGACAUCAGUCCGGAAGGCAGUUACAGUUUCAGUUACCAAUCCGCCGAUGGAACACAGAGACAAGAAUCGGGAGGUCUGAGGUAUCCGGCCGUCCAAGGAUACCCACCAGUGAUGUCCGUCCAAGGAUCAUACUCCGCGAUAACUCCAGAAGGAGUUCCAAUUGAAGUUGGAUACAUAGCCGAUGAAAAUGGAUAUCAGCCAACCGGACCAAGUGUCCAUCCAGCAAUCCAACGAGCAGUAGCGCAACAAGUGGCUCAAGCCAAAUUAGAACCACCACAUUACAACAAAUAAUCAAGUCUAAAAUGAAUAAAAAAUAUUAAUGAUAUCAAUCCUGAAAUUUGUAAAAACAAAAAUAAAGCUCAAUAAAGCGAUGUAAAUUUAAAAUAAAUAACAACG